AUGGCGGUGAAUCGCAUUCGUGGGGCCUUUGCCGUGCCUCGAAAGGGCGAAACAUUCGAGCUGCGAGCUGGCCUGGUCUCGCAAUAUGCCUACGAACGGAAGGAGGCUAUCCAAAAGACGAUUAUGGCGAUGACGCUGGGCAAGGACGUGUCGGCGCUGUUUCCAGAUGUUCUGAAGAAUAUCGCAACAGGAGACUUGGACCAGAAGAAGCUUGUCUAUUUAUAUCUGAUGAACUACGCGAAAUCACACCCCGACCUAUGUAUAUUGGCCGUCAACACGUUUGUCCAAGAUGCGGAGGACCCGAACCCCCUGAUUCGGGCCUUGGCCAUACGGACUAUGGGCUGCAUUCGGGUCGACAAGAUGGUAGACUAUAUGGAGGAACCACUGAGGAAGACGUUGAGGGACGAGUCACCAUACGUACGGAAAACCGCUGCCAUUUGCGUAGCAAAGCUCUUCGACCUGAACCCGACCAUGUGUAUCGAGAACGGCUUCCUGGAGACGUUGCAGGAGCUGAUUGGGGACCCGAAUCCCAUGGUUGUCGCAAACUCGGUAACGGCCCUCGGUGAGAUCACCGAGACUGCGCCCGAGACAAGCGCCUUGAUCAUCACCCCGGUGACACUGAAGAAGCUCCUCAUGGCGCUCAACGAAUGCACCGAAUGGCCGCAAACUACACAAGAGUCGGAGCAUAUAUGCGAAAGGGUUGCGCCUCAGUUCCAGCACGUAAACCCAAGCGUGGUGUUAGCCGCCGUCAAGGUCGUCUUCAUCCACAUGAAACUGAUCAAUGCCGACCUGGUGCGACAGUACUUGAAGAAAAUGGCACCCCCCUUAGUUACCCUGAUCGCAUCCGCCCCUGAAGUUCAAUAUGUGGCUUUGCGGAAUAUCGAUCUCCUGCUGCAAGCCAAGCCAGACAUCCUCAGCAAGGAGCUGAGGGUUUUCUUCUGCAAAUACAAUGACCCGCCCUACGUCAAGCUUCAGAAACUCGAGAUUAUGGUGAGGAUAGCGAACGAAAAGAACUAUGAGCAACUUCUGGCCGAGCUGAAGGAGUACGCACUGGAAGUUGACAUGGACUUUGUGCGAAGAUCAGUGAAGGCGAUCGGUCAAGUCGCCAUUAAGAUCGAGGGCGCAAGCGAGAAAUGCGUAAACACCCUACUGGAUCUCAUCGCCACCAAGGUCAAUUACGUCGUGCAGGAGGUUAUCGUGGUCAUCAAGGACAUCCUGCGGAAAUAUCCCGGCUAUGAAGGCGUCAUUCCGACACUUUGCAAAUAUAUCGAGGAACUUGACGAGCCAGAGGCGCGAGGGUCAUUGAUAUGGAUUGUCGGCGAGUACGCUGAGAAGAUCAGCAAUGCGGACGAAAUUUUGGCCAGUUUCGUGGAAGGAUUUAUGGAGGAGUUUACACAAACACAACUUCAGAUCUUGACAGCCGUUGUGAAGCUGUUCUUGAAGAACCCGAGCAACAACCAGGGGCUGGUGCAGACUGUCCUGCAACAGGCGACGACAGAUAACGACAACCCCGAUAUUCGUGAUAGGGCAUACGUCUACUGGCGUCUCCUUUCCGGUGACUUGGACAUUGCCAAGAAUAUCGUGCUCUCCCAAAAGCCCGCGAUCUCCACCACAGUGACAUGCCUUCCCUCAGCCCUUCUCGAACAGCUGCUCACCGAGCUAUCAACCCUUGCUUCGGUCUACCACAAACUACCAGAGUCUUUUGUUGGCAAGGGCAGAUAUGGAGCAGAUGCUAUACAACGCGCCGCUAUUGAGGAACAGCGCGAAAACGCCUCCGAGAAUCCUAUCGCCGCAGGUGCCGUAGCCGCCGCGGCCAACGGCACAGGUGCCCAGGGGAAUAUCGAGAAUCUCCUAGAUAUCGACUUUGAUGGUGGAGCGCCGGCAAGUUUGGAACAAGCCAGUUCUAUGGCCACACCAGACCGGGUGGCCAGCCCCGCCGGCCCACAGCAGUCGGGUGGAAUGGCGGAUAUGAUGGGAUUGUUCGAUGCACCAGCGCAACCGAGCAGUAGCAGUAAUGACAUGAUGAAUGGAUUCGCAGGACUGGACCUAAGUGGGAGCAGUGCACCGCCCCCGGCUUCACAGCAAUUGGGCCACGUAGAGCACAAGAACGAGGCGAGUGGAAAUGAUGAUUUGUUGGGUCUUUUCUAG